GUUUCCCUUUCCCGUCGCCUUCAACAAGAUCAGAUGCUUGCGCGCUGAGAGUCUUUAGACUAGCUGCAGAGUUUCAGGGCGGCGCACCCCUUACAAACUCUCUCCACUAUUUAUUAUUAUAUUCUAGUCGCUCCUUCCUCGAUUUUCUUGAGUGCAUCAACGACUCAACCCACUAUCGGUUAUUCGCCUUUCGCAAAGGCCAGCACAAUGUUCGUCCUUAGGAACGUUGGCAAGCUCCUCUUCGGCUCCAGCAACCAGGAGUCGAUGAUUGAACUGCCCCAGGGCCAACUAUACCUCGUUCGGCCUCUUUCGCCGAAAGGCUAUUCUGAGCUCAUCUUCAAGGACUCUUCUGCUCGUAUCCGACGAACCGCACAAGACUUCCAAUACCAGCUCGUCGUGCAACGUGUUUACGAAGAGGGAGAGGCGGAACUGCUUGCUGAGGAGGAGGGCGAAGACGCCGAAGCUGAUGCCGACAUCCUCGCCGCUGAACGCGACGAGAAAACAUUCCUACUCGACGAGGCCCUUCAUUUUCGGAUCGAGAACAGGGAAGGGAGCGAGAAGGUCCUGGCCUGGCGGGAUCUAAGUGGUGACGCGGGAGACGUCUACGAAUUUGUUUGCGACUCCGGCAUCUCGCCUUCCAUCGUCGACGAGUUCGAGGCAAUCGCAAAACAGUGCCAGUACGAGCGCAAGUACCGGAAGCCGCACACCACGGCAUCUGAGGAAGAUCUCCAGCAGUUCGAGUUCGACGAGCAGCCCAUUCCGCAGGCCAGCCCCAUUCACAGCCCCACCCUGACCCUGACCAAGUCGAUUGACUCCUCAGACUCGAUGCUCUCCGCCAAGUACAGCGCCAACACGGGCGCGAAGAGGGAGAAGGCGCCCGAGACUGAUGCGACGCCCACGAAGAAAAGGGAAAGGGAAACGCUGCCACCAAAGGCCUCGGCUCAUCCCGCGGCACGAGAGAUUCUAGCUGCCGAGUCUGCCGAGCUCCACUUCUUUGACUUUCCAUCGGGCGCAUUCGUCCUACAAGACGCAGCGGUCACAGCGACUGUGUCCGAGACGGGCACUUGGCAGUACUGGCUGCAAGUGGGUAGCGCCGACCGGGACUGGCUUGGGAUUCCUGUCAUAGCGGACAUCAACCCGGUCUUCAACUUCGAGUUUCUCUCCUUCAUCUUCAACCAGUUCUCGGACGAUGGCUCGGCCUACUCAUGGCUGCUCCGGUUCAAGGAUCAGGCCGCCCUCGAGCGCUUCCAGGAGGGACUGCUCCAGGCCCUCUGGGAGCAACUGAACGAGUUAAAGUGGUCCAAAAUCAAGGACAAAGAGCGCGAUUAUGUGGCCGACGCCUUCAACGACCUUACCAUGGAGGACGCGGAUCAACUCGAGCAAGUCGAGGAGGAAGAAGAGGAGGAGGAGGAGGCAGAAGACGACCGCGGGCGAAGCGAGCACUACGACAGUGACGAAGAGGAAGACGACGUCGAGUACGAGCCCAAGGACGGCGAGGCGAACAAACAAAUUGCCGUCGGAUACAAGCACGACCGGUUAUUUGUCGUUCGAGGCUCCAAGAUUGGCGUCUUUAAACACACUCCCAACAACCACCUCGAGUUCAGCACCAAUAUUUCGAAAGUCGAGACCCCCAAGGGCGAGUUGUUCUCGCCCAAGAAGGUGAUGCUGCACAAUGAGGAUCGGAAUUUGAUCUUGCAAAAAGAUUCGGAUCCGAACAGCCUCUACCGAAUGGAUCUCGAAUAUGGAAAGGUCGUGGACGAGUGGAAGGUGCAUGAAGACAUUCCAGUUGUGACGUUUGCGCCCGAGAACAAGUUUGCCCAGAUGACCCAUGAGCCCACCUUCCUGGGCAUCAGCCACAACGCGAUGUACCGUGUGGAUCCUCGUCUAUCGGGAAGCAAGCUCGUGGAUGCGCAGCUCAAGCAAUACGCCAGCAAGAACGACUUUUCUGCAAUUGCGACAACCGAGAAGGGAUACAUCGCCGUGGCUUCUAACAAGGGCGAUGUCCGCCUAUUUGACCGUCUUGGUAUCAACGCCAAGACCCAUAUCCCCGCGCUUGGAGAAGCCAUCAUUGGCCUCGAUGUUUCUGCCGACGGCCGCUGGGUUCUGGCUACAUGUCGGACGUAUCUCCUCCUCGUGGAUGCCCUCCAAAAGUCGGGCAAGAACGAGGGCAAGUUGGGAUUCGAAAAGUCGUUUGCCGCCGACUCCAAGCCCCAGCCGCGCCGUCUCGCCCUGACGCCAGAGCACGUGGCCCAGUUCGCCUACGAAACCGGAAAGGGCGUGAGCUUCACACCAGCCAAGUUCAAUACAGGAGAAGGCAUCUCGGAAUCGAGCAUCAUCACCGCCACGGGACCCUACAUUAUCGAAUGGAGUCUCAAGAAGGUCCUGACGGGGAAGAAGGCGCCUUACUUGAUCAAGCGGUAUACAGACGAUGUCAAGGCCGACGACUUCAAGUUUGGCACAGAUAAGAACGUCAUCGUCGCUCUGCCUCAUGAGGUCAACAUGGUCGACCGCGCUCGUCUAAAGCGUCCGACGCGGGAGAGCAUCGCGGGGGAUUUCAAUGCCGAAGCUCGGCGCGGUUCGGGCCGCAUCGGCACACGGGAUAGCGGCAGAUACAAGCUCGGUAAGGAUGAUGUUGUCAAGUCUGCGUUUUAGGUUUGAGAUAUUUUCGGGCCGUGCUGCUCAGCCGGCUUUUUGGCAGUAAAUUCGGGAUGUCAUUAUCAGAAACCACUUUUCUUAGUUGGGCCGGGCAAAGGCUUGCGAACCAGCAGCAUUCCGUUUAGGUUUGCUGCCUGUAUUUACCUCUACGGUAUUUUCCUUUGGUCUUUACAAGUCGACGAUGCAGGCACGAGAGUAGGACGGUGGGCUGCAAACACGGGAGGAGUGUGGAGUUUAGGUGUUUGUUGUUGUUGUUGUUGUUGUUGUUGUUGUUGUUGUUGUUGUUGUUGUUGUUGUUGUUGUUAUUGUUGUCGUU